AGAUAACGUCGGACGUGCGAUUUCGUUUUCUUGCUGUGAAGCUUGUUUUGCGAUAAUCGCACUGUCAUGUAAAAGCAACUUAAACCUGCUCAAUUUGCGCGCGCUUUGUAUCUAGCCGUCUCUCUCUUUCUCCAACAUCAAGCAAAAGUGUGACGACGAGAGCGUGAUCGAAGUAUGUUGUUUUGCAUCGUGAAUACGUUCAAACGACGCCGGCUAUUCAAACAACGACCAUCACACAACGCUGUCCCUUGGCAGGGAAAAUCCAGCUAGUAGAAAAAACGAAAAGAAAAAAAAAAUCAUUCAAGUGUUAAUUAAUGUCCGUUCGCUAACUGUCCGCUCCGCAUGGAGGCAUUUGUGAAGCAGAUCGCCGGGGUACUGCCCUGCCGGGACGGGUACGUGCGCCAGCUGUACCGCUACUACCGCAAGGGCGAUCAAUUUCCCCCCGCCCUCUACAUCUACGGCCAAUCAUCGACCGGGAAAGGUGCGAUCUUGCGCGAAGUGUUCCGGUGCCGAUCGGCCGCGGACGAAUCGCUGCGAUGCGCCCAGCUGAGCGCGAUCAGCUGCUACACCAACAAGAUACUGUUUGAAACGAUCGUCCGCCAGCUGGAGGGAGCGGAGCUGUCGCAGUCCAACCACUACAGCACCGACUGCAAGCUCGAGUACGCGAAGGACUUCCUUGCCGCGCUGCGCCAGCGGCUCGAUCCGGCCCACUCGUACGUGAUCGUGGUGCGCCAUGCGGAGCGGCUGCGUGACAUGGCCCACAACCUGCUGCCACUGUUUCUGCAGCUGCCGGAAGCGACCGGACUGAACGUGUCGGUGGUGCUGGUGUCGUCGCUGCCGUUCGAAAAGUUCUACACCAAAGCGGGGCUGCCGCCGGUCAUGAAGCUGUUCGUACCGGAGUACACGCGCGCCGACAUGCAGCGCAUUCUGAUGAACGAUUACACGCCGCACGUGCAGGGACUUGGCGGGCAACAGUCCGCCCCGGACCAGCUCUGGCUAGCCGCGAUCACGGAGGAGUUCCACCGCAACUACGUCAGCCUGUUUCUCGGCACCUUCUGGAAAGUGUGCCGCGACGUGAAGGAGCUUCGCCUGGUGGCAGCCGAAUGUUUCCCCGCCUACUGUGAGCCGGUGCGGGACGGCAUCAUACCGGCGCACGAUUCGAUGAAGCUGUGGCGCAACAUUACGAAGACGCUGCGCGCCGCCCUGAGCACGAUGUACAUGCGGCUCGGCACGAAAACCGCCGGCAGCGGUGUCGCACCGGACGGGACGGCCUGGCUGGCCCAGAACCUGGAGCUGCCGUACUACGCCAAGUACCUGCUCAUUGCCGCGUACCUGGCGAGCAACAAUGCGGCCAAGGAGGACCGGCGGCUGUUCAUGAAGAACCACGGCAAGCAGCGGAAGCGACUGCAGGCGGUAAAUGCCCGCGCGAAGGUAACGGAAAAGAUGACCACUAAGCUCGGCCCGAAGGCGUUCAACGUCGACCGGUUGCUGGCCAUCUUUUACGCCAUCCUGGACGAGCAGGUGGGGCUGACGUGCAAUCUGCUCGCGCAAAUCUCCACCCUGGUGCACCUGAAGCUGCUAACGUACGCGUCGUCGGCCGAGGGCGGUGCCGGUGGCAGCGCCAUGCUGGACGGUUCGGCCACUCGGCUCCAGUGCACGGUCGGGAUGGACUUCAUCCUGCAGAUCGGUCGGAUGGUUGGGUUCAACGUGCGCCAGUACCUGACCGACUUCUUCUAG